AUGUCGCAGCAUAACCAGAGACAGAGAACUAUAUCGAGGGCUUCGACCGCCUCGAUCCAUAGCGUCGCGACACAACCAACCCUCGAUCAGCAAGCCUUAAUGGCGCACCAUGGCGCCUUUACGGAUCAGUGGGUUUCGAACGAUCACGUCCCCCCGAGAGAUAUGUCAUCGGCAGUUCAACCCAUGCCAGCCGGAGAUAUGAUGCUUCGUCCUGCCUCCCAGAUGCCGGUCGGCCAGUCGUUCGCGAUGAGUUCGAGCAUGCACUCUGCCGUCGGACUUGCUAUGCCGUACGCUCAACAUCCCAACCUGCAUCCUGCUGUAUCAGCCGAGACCUUUGCUGGAAAUGCGAGUUUCACAGACGCCGAUAGCCAGAUGAUGGAUCGUGACGAGGCCGACGAAGUUGACUCGCUUGCUGGACGACCGCGAGGCUCGAAACCCUCUACGAGCCGCACUAGUGCGAACAAUGAGCUUGAGAUGCGCCAACUAUUUCAGGCUAAUAAGAGCCGUACUCUCGCGGAUGUAGCAAAGGAGCUGCAUGGUAAUGAGCGUGGGCCUAAUUCCGAGCGCGCUCGUCAGAUCUUCGCUAUGUUGUGGAUCAAUGGGGUUUGUGCGAAGGGUAGAGGUUCCGUGCCUCGAGGCCGUGUUUAUGCCAACUAUGCAUCCCGCUGUGCGACGGAAAGAAUAACUGUCUUGAAUCCUGCUAGUUUUGGGAAGCUUGUCCGAGUCCUUUUCCCUGGUCUUAAAACUCGAAGACUCGGCGUCCGUGGAGAAUCAAAAUACCACUAUGUCGAUUUCACUUUGCUGGGUGAUCAGCCCAAGUCCAGAGAACCCUCUAUCCAGCCCGCGAUUCCCUUCCCGGAACCGGCCCCUUUUGCGCGUUCUUUGAGGUCUGUGUCACCCGCUACUAACUCGUUUGCAAGGCCUGUUCUCAUGCCCAACAGUGUCGCGCAGUCCCAAUCCCCUGCAUUGGAUGUACAACAUUCAGCUCUUCCGUCACCUACCCUUGUGCAGCAAUCCGAUACCCCAGCUGGCUCACGAUCGGCAAUUUCCCGAACUCACAGCUUGUAUAACCAAUGCGAAGUCAAGCAUCUCGAUCAGUUACAUUCAUCUAACGCUAAAACUACUAUACGCUUAGCAUUUAUAGAGCCUGAGCAUCCUUCCAAAUCAGCUGAGGCUCUCAUUCUACCUAAGAUCGAGCCGUUCUUACCCAAUGGAACGGACCCAGAUGCGGCAAUGUCUCUGACUGCUCUCUACCGAUCUCACUGCACAUCCCUAGUGGAGUGUAUUCGCUAUUGCAAGGAGAAGGCCUUCUUUCACCUCUACACCUCUUUUCAGGGCACACUCACCAUGCCCGUGCAGAAACUCUUCUCUCACCCCAGCAUCGCGCCGUGGAUAGAAGAGUGCGAUUAUGUACUUUACCAACGCAUGAUCCAGAUCAUCUACAGCCUCGUUUUACAAGCCAUUCCCCAACCCGUACUGAACGCGUUCGAGAAAAUAUCGCAGCAACUAGUCUCCCACAUUCGCGAGUCUUUUCAUGGACAGCCGAGGCACGUAGUCCAGGCCAAGGAGGCCCCUGCUACUAUCUUUGCGGGUCUGCUUGACCGCACUCUACGAGUUAACCUCACAGCUCAUGCUGCAGCAAAUAUGCUUUCGAUUUCUGCGAAUAGGGACCAGAUGUAUCUGGAUUGGAUGUCAGGGGUUAGGGUCCGCAAGCUUGCGGAAUGCGUCCCAACUAGAGGGAUGGAUGAUUUAGUUGAUCUCUUGUUUAAUGAAAUCCGAGACCUGAUCGACCCCGUGAACGUCCCUUGGAGUGAAGAGUGUAAAUAUCUUUAUGGGGAGAUAGCACUCAACAGCAGACGAGGAUUACCGUCGUCAAAUGCAUCUAAUGGCAGCUCGGAGCACUUCCUUGAGCGAUGGGUCGACUUCCUAUUAUCUCUCCAGAAACGUUUCCCCUACGCCGCGGCGACAGACAUCGUUUGGUGCGUGCAACGUGUCGGGUUAGAGGUCAUGCGGGAUCUUACUAUGCGCCAGAGUAAUAGCUUUGGAGCGUGGUGGGUAACGAAGUGCUGGCUCGACGAGAUGGUUUCGUUCCUAGCUGAGUACGGUGGUUUCAUGAAGUCGAAGAACUCGCUGCCGCCCGUUGCCAGCGAGAUCAGGCCCCCGGUAGAUGGUAACGACGUGACCCUACGAGGUUCGCGUGUUGGCAGCGAUGAUCAGAGUAUCUCGCAUAUUUCUCAGCCGCAACCAGACCGCGCCCCUUUCCCGUCUCAGCUCGAGGUCAACGGGGCAGACUCCCUCCACAUGUCAGUGAACCACGACGAUAGCGGAAUUGGGAUCAGGACUCCAGAAGAGGACUUCCCCAUGGAAAAAUUCGACUACCAGGAAGGUCAGGACCAGAGCCUACAUUCUCUCAACUUAGAAGAGUCCGUCCAAUAG